UCUAAUAGAUAUCGAAACUACUAUUAAUAGGCGGAAGUGGCGUUGUAUGUUAUUGGCGAACUGAGUCGAGGAGGUUUCAAUGGAAAGGAAAUGAGUGGAGUAUAGUGCUGACCGUUUGCUUUCAGGAGGAUAUCAUACGUAUAUUUUGUUGAUAGACCGAAUUUUUUAUAAAAAAGAGACACAAUGGUGUUAGCAGAUUUGGGACGUAAAAUUACGUCCGCGUUGCGGUCCUUAAGCAAUGCAACAGUGAUAAACGAAGAGGUACUAAAUGCUAUGCUAAAAGAAAUAUGUACUGCCCUUUUGGAAGCUGAUGUAAAUAUACGGCUAGUUAAAAAACUGCGAGAAAAUGUUCGUGCUGUCAUUGAUUUUGAUGAAAUGGCAGGGGGACUGAACAAACGUAGAAUGAUUCAAAGUGCAGUGUUUAAGGAGUUAGUUAAGCUUGUGGAUCCAGGUGUAAAAGCUCAUCAACCAGUGAAGGGAAAGCCAAAUAUCAUCAUGUUUGUGGGCCUCCAAGGCUCUGGUAAAACAACCACAUGUACUAAAUUGGCAUACCAUUACCUCAAAAAGAACUGGAAGGCUUGUCUUGUAUGUGCGGAUACAUUUCGGGCAGGUGCCUAUGAUCAGUUGAAGCAAAAUGCCACCAAGGCCAGAAUUCCAUUCUAUGGAAGCUACACUGAAGCGGAUCCUGUGGUCAUUGCACAAGAUGGUGUUGACAUGUUCAAGAAGGAAGGAUUUGAAAUUAUCAUUGUUGACACUAGUGGUAGACAUAAACAGGAAGAAUCACUAUUUGAAGAAAUGUUACAGGUUUCUAAUGCUAUUAGACCAGAUAAUAUUAUCUUUGUGAUGGAUGCAACUAUUGGUCAAGCCUGUGAAGCUCAGGCUAGAGCUUUCAAGGAGAAAGUAGAUGUAGGUUCUGUCAUUGUAACAAAAUUGGAUGGUCAUGCAAAGGGUGGAGGAGCCCUUAGUGCUGUUGCAGCUACACAGAGUCCCAUAAUUUUCAUUGGGACAGGGGAACACAUAGAUGAUUUUGAGCCGUUCAAGACAAAGCCAUUUGUAAGCAAGCUGCUUGGAAUGGGUGACAUUGAGGGGCUGAUUGAUAAGGUGAAUGAACUGAAGCUGGAUGACAAUGAGGAAUUAAUAGAGAAGAUCAAACAUGGACAGUUCACACUUCGGGAUAUGUACGAACAGUUCCAAAAUAUUAUGAAGAUGGGACCCUUCUCCCAGAUUAUGGGCAUGAUCCCAGGCUUCAGUCAGGAUUUCCUGUCUAAAGGUAGUGAACAAGAAUCGAUGGCAAGGCUGAAACGACUUAUGACAAUAAUGGACAGUAUGAAUGAUGGGGAGCUAGACAGUAGGGAUGGAGCAAAAUUAUUCACAAAACAGUCUGGGCGUAUUGUCCGAGUGGCCCAAGGUGCUGGUGUGACAGAGAAGGAAGUGAAAGAUCUAAUUUCACAGUAUACGAAGUUUGCUGGAGUGGUGAAGAAAAUGGGUGGGAUUAAAGGACUGUUCAAAGGCGGAGACAUGGCGAAAAAUGUAAACCAGGCUCAAAUACUGAAACUCAAUCAACAGAUAUCAAAAAUGAUGGACCCAAGAAUACUGCAGCAAAUGGGUGGAGUGUCUGGGCUACAAAACAUGAUGAGGCAGUUGCAGCAAGGGGCAGGUGGUCUAGGAAAUCUCAUGGGCUUUGGAGGAAAAUCUUGAACUCAGCAGUUGAUGAAAAUGAACUGAGACAUUUGAAGUGUAUAAUAAUACUUUAAAGGACAAUUUUUUUUUAAAUUCUCGCCAGUGAAAUAUAAUAAAGGUGCAUUUUGGGUGUUCUGUCAGUAUGACUAUUCAGAAGGGACAAAUUAUGAAGCCAUAUUUGCACCAUUUGUGUACUUUUGUGCAGCUCUGAUGAGAAAUUGGUCAACUGUGAAUAGAGUAGCAAGAUUUUAGUUAGCAUCAGAUUGAGAGUUGAUGUCUCUCAUGAGAGCUGUUGAAUGAAUGAUGAGUGUGUUUGUGUAUGGAUGCAGGUUAAUCUUUUGCACUUCCAAAAAUCAUUAAACUGUAUUAGUUUGUAAAUAUUUUCUGUUUAGAGGUUUUGGUAUACAGGUGAAGAGAGUGCUGUAUGAAUUGUUUUACUUGGAAGGUGUACAUAAAUCUUAAAUAUAAUUUUUUAAAGAUAAA